AUGUCCUUCCAGGAUCACGGCAAAAGAGGCAUCUUCGAUUUCUCGGAAGGAAUCUUCCAACACAAGGGCAAAAUCAUCCCCACCGGCCCCAAAUACUCACAAGAUGGCAAAUGUGGUCCGAACAAUGGCAAUCUCUUGUGUGACCCUAAUAGCACAGUGUACAAGGGAACAUGCUGUUCUUCAUAUGGUNCAGUCUUUAUAUAUCGGCAUGGCCUAUAUGCUUUUGCUGAUAAAAUUAAAGGAUGGUGUGGUGAUACUCCUGCUCACUGUGGAAGUGGUUGCUCCUCUGGCUGCUCUUCGAGCUCGGCUGCUGCUAAGCCUCCUGUUACAACUUCGAGCUCAGCGGCUGCUAAGCUUCCUGUCUCAAGUUCGACAAUCGUCAGAGUAGCACCUUCGGCCUCUGGUGCUGCUCCUCGGGAUGACGGUAGAUGUGGCCCUGAUUUCAACAAUGCAUUGUGUGAUCCAAAUGGCGCAUACGGUGGCUGUUGCUCCUCUUAUGGAUACUGUGGCAGUACUGAUAGUCACUGCUUGGCUGCAAAUGGAUGCAUAUCUGGCUGUAAGAGCGCAGCGCCGACAAGUGCACCUCCCACGUCCGCAGUCGUUUCGUCGGUCGCUCAUUCUAAUGUAAACUCGGCUGCUCUUUCAAGCACGACUGGUGAGCCGAUCAUAUCGGCAGCGUCCUCCUCUGCUGGGAGUGCCCCGACAGGCACUGUCACUAAGGACGGCACUUGCGGUGCUACGUACGACAAUACUAUCUGUGGUGACUGGGCUCAAGGUAGCUGCUGCUCCAUGUAUGGUUACUGCGGAAACAGCACCGCCCAUUGUGGUGACGGAUGUCAAAGUGGGCCUUGCUUGAACGGCGCCGUCGUUGCAGCUCCUGGACCUAGUCCUGCACCCGUCAAUGCUAAUCCUGGAUCCUUCAACAUCGUCGGCGACUCAGGAGCGCCUGCUAUGCAUGCCGGCCUUCUCCCCAACGGUAAAGUAGUCUUCCUUGACAAAGUGGAGAACUAUACACAGGUCAAGCUUCCCAAUGGCCAGUACGCAUACUCUACCGAGUACGACCCUGCUACUAACAAGUACACCCCUCUGGCCUACAAGACCAAUGCCUUCUGUGCCGGUGGCUCUUUCCUCGCUAACGGGCAAUUCAUCUCUCUAGGGNGUAAUGCUCCUCUGGACUUCAUCGAUCCUACUGUGGGAGAUGGCUUUGACGCUAUUCGUUACCUAACUCGUUCCCCCUCUGACGCUUCCUUGGACGGGCAAGACUGGAGUGAGCCAGGCAACAAACUUAGCUCUAAACGAUGGUACCCUUCAGUCCAAACUCUUCCAGAUGGUAGACUCUUUGUUGCCUCUGGAUCAUUGAAUGGACUAGACCCCACUGUACCUGCCAAUAACAACCCGACGUACGAGAUUCUGGACAAGAAUGGCAAGUCAUCUGGUGUCUCUAUCCCUAUGGAGAUUCUGGUCAAGAACCAACCUUACUAUAUGUACCCAUUCAUGCACCAGCUCAAGGACGGCUCGCUUUUCGUCUUCGUUUCUAAGUCAUCUGAGCUUUUCAAUGUUGACACCAACACCACGUUGAGGACCUUUGCCGACCUUCCGGGCGACUACCGCACUUACCCCAACACCGGCGGCUCAGUCUUGCUUCCCCUGUCUUCUACCAACGACUGGAACCCAGACAUCGUCAUCUGCGGCGGCGGUGCAUACCAAGACAUUACUUCGCCCACCGACCCCAGCUGCGGCCGCAUCCAACCUCUCUCCACGAACGCCAAAUGGGAAAUGGACGCCAUGCCUCAAGGCCGCGGCAUGGUCGAAGGCACUCUACUCCCCGACGGCACCGUCAUCUUCGUCAACGGCGGCAACGAAGGCGCCCAAGGCUUCGGCCUCGCCCGCGACCCAACCUUUGAAGCCCUGAUCUACGAUCCCGCCAAACCUCUUGGUCAACGCUUCACCACCGGCGCCUCGUCCACAAUCCCUCGCCUCUAUCACUCUAUAGCUUUGCUGCUCCUGGAUGGCACAUUGAUGGUCGCAGGCUCAAACCCAGUCGAGCAACCUAUCCUCAAACCCACCACCCAAGACCCCUACGUCACAGAAUUCCGCGUCGAGAUCUACACACCACCCUACCUCGCCGGCGAAAAUGCAAACAAGCGCCCCACAAACAUUUCCUUGUCCUCAAAUUCCCUGCAAGCGAACUCUCAGACCUUCAAUACCGAUUUUGAGGUCCCUGUGGGUGCCAAAAGCGUCAAAGUAUCGCUGUACCAUGGAGGUUUUGUCACGCAUUCUGUGCACAUGAGUCACCGUAUGCUGUUCCUGGAUACUGCGGGUUGGAAGAAUGGGGCUACGCAGCAGACACUUACUGUGACCAUGCCGCCGAGUGCCAAAAUUGCGCCUCCAGGUCCGUAUGUGGUGUAUGUAGUUGUGGAUGGUGUGCCUGGCAUCGGUCAGUUUGUGCAGGUUUCUUGA